AUGAAACCACGACGCUCUCAUACAAAGUCUCGCAGCGGAUGCCGGGAGUGCAAACGUAGAAAAGUCAAGUCCUCUCAGAACACAGACCCCGUCCGCCGGACUGGGAUAAAUGACAGAGAGACCAACCCCUGUCCCGAUGCCUUGUCCGUGGCUGGAAUAUGGACUCUUUCGAUGCCAAGCCCUUCUCUGGAUUUCCAAACCCACGGCCUGGAACUGAUGCACCACUACUCCACCAUUACAGCCAACACCCUUGCCUUGAGGCUGGAUAUGCAGCACAUCUGGCGCAUGGUUCUCCCCGAGAUGUCAUAUAACACACCGUUUCUCUCCCACGGCCUACUAUCCGUCGCCGCCCUGCACAAGGCUCACCUGCUGCCUGCAAGAAGGGACAAGCAUCUGGAUCUCGCAGCCUAUCACCAGACCCGCGGUAUGGAAGGGUUCCGCAGCAUAUUUACUAGCAUCGAUGAAAAGAACUGGCAGCCUGCGUUCUGCUUCUCAUCCAUAACCGUCAUGUACGCUUUUUCUCCUGCGGGACGGAUCGAGGAUGCUAUGGUCGAUAUCCUGCAGAUCUUUGUCUUGAUACGUGGUAUUCGAUCCAGUAUCUUGUGUGCGGGACGCAAUCUCACGGAGACGCCGUUCUCAGCAUGGGCACAUGGUAUCUGGAUAAUAGGAGAGAAUGAUGAGGCCUCUUACGAGUACGUGAUCUUGUUCUCCCCAUGGAACCGAUAUGAACUGACUAGCAAUGAAAAGUUUCGACCCUCCAUUGGAUCAAAGGCAGACUACGAGUUUUCCACGCUGCAGCUGCGAAAGGCAGCGAUCCUCAUCGCACAUGCCGGUCCCCAGGCAGAGAUCGGCAUGGUCAUGUUCUUCCCAUAUGUCAUCUCUGCAAAUAUCAUGUCGGACACCCAGGCCAAUGACCCAUGCGCUCUUGUUCUGUUGUCGUACUUUUCAGUGCUGCUGAGCCUUGUUGAGCAGCAGUUUUGCUCUCAGCCACAAGACUCAACUGCAAAUAACACAUCUGGUUCAAAACUUAAACAUUAUACGAAAAUGCCUGACCAAUUGCUACACGCUAAUGCUGGUACUUACAGACAAAUAUAG